AUGGCUCCUUCAGCAACCACCACCUUGACCGAGACGGAGGCGGUCCCGCAAGCCCUGAAGACACCAAAGUAUUUUGGUCUAUACAAGGAGCUCAACCGAUAUGAGAUUCAGAAAGAAGUCGAACUAGAAGGAAAGGACGGAUUUGAAGCUGCCAAAUACCCCCACUACCUCCCCACUUGGAACCCGGAGCAAAGAUACGGACCUCUGCAACCUUUCGAGCACUACGAGCACGGGAAGGACGCAGACACAUCAUACCCUGAGCUUCUUCCCGAAGCAGCCGCAGUUACCCACCUGACCCCCACCAUCGGGACCGAGGUCAGAGGAGUGCAGCUCAGCUCUCUAAGCAAUGCCGGCAAAGACCAACUCGCGCGCUUCGUAGCCGAGCGCAAGGUCGUCGCAUUCCGCGGCCAGGAUUUUGCCGACCUUUCCAUCCAAAGGGCUUUGGACUUCGGAGCAUACUUCGGCCGUCACCACAUCCAUCCGACAUCGGGCUCGCCAGAAGGAUACCCCGAGAUUCAUCUCGUGCAUCGGGGCGCGGGGGACAAGUCGGGCGCCCAGUUCUUCGCGACGCGAACUAGCUCGGUGGCGUGGCACUCAGACGUGUCGUACGAAAAGCAGCCGCCGGGCACGACUUUUCUCUACAUUCUCGAUAAGCCUGAGACUGGUGGUGACACCUUGUUCGUCAAUGGGGUCGAGGCCUACAACAGACUCAGCCCUCUGUUCCAAGAGCGGUUGCAUGGUUUGAAGGCGACGCACUCGGGUAUUGAGCAAGUGGCCGCGGCUGUUGCGAGGGGAAGCAUCAACCGCCGAGAUCCGGUAGUGAGCGAGCACCCGAUUGUUCGCACGCAUCCUGCGACGGGGGAGAAGGCGCUAUAUGUGAACCCUCAGUUCACCAGAGAUAUUGUCGGGAUGAAGAAAGAGGAGUCUGACGCUCUUCUCAAAUUCCUGUACGACCACCUCGCAUACGGAGCUGAUUUCCAAGCACGGGUCAAGUGGGAAGAGGGGACAGUUGUUGUUUGGGAUAAUCGGGUUACCCAGCAUUCAGCGCUGGUCGACUGGAAGGACGGGGGACGGAGACAUUUGGCCCGAAUCACACCACAGGCUGAGCGACCGUAUGAGACGGCAUUCUGA